AUGCCUGUGUCAACUGCGGUGCACUUAGCAGCGCACUGCUCCGAAACCCAAGCCACAUCAUUCACCUCUAUCCGCCUUCCACUGGCCGCAAUGUUCAGCGAAGUUUCUCCUGAGAGGAGCGCAUCUUAUAAACUCACAUUAGAUUCUGAUAGGCCGUGUCUGGAAUCGAAAGCCGAUGUUGAACAGAAGGUGAUCACCAGUCGCUCACGAGAAAUACGAGCAAUCGAGGCGCUAGUUCUAAAUAGAACCACGAACACAAAGCCAGAGACAUUCCAUAAUAUAGACAUACUUUACAACAAUGCUCAUGACCAGUUAUUCGCGGCAAUCGAUGAAUUAAGUUCAAUUCGCGUGAAAAUUCAAGAGGUACAACUUGCACUGUCCUCUUUGUUCGACCUAGUAGCGCUUCUGUUGAGUCUCGACGGUACAGAAAUCGUUCUCAAUGGCCACUUCAUUACGGAUACAACCCAGAGUGUACAGGAACGCAUUUUGUGGGCGUCAGAACUCUCCAGUGAUCCAUCUCAUGCUGUUGCUGUGUUGUGCCAACGGCCACGGAAACAGCUAUCACAAAUUAAGGAGGAUGAAAACGAAGCCAAUGAUCUCGACAAUUUAUACGAGAAAGAAAUCAAAUCUUAA